AUGGAUGCGACUAUCGCCGAUUUACUGUCAGUAUCGGGUACUCAACAAAGCCCAAUAUCCAUCCUCUUGAUUAACCCAAAUUCCUCUCCUCACAUCACCAACGCCUGCCUACAAAACAUCUCAAGCAAGAUCCCCCCAGGCGUAACAGUCUACGGCUUCACCGCACCCCCACCAGCUCCUAGCGCAAUCGAAGGCCGCGUUGACGGCAUUCUCUCCUCUGCCGAGUGCCUGCGCAAAAUUGUACCUAUUAAACAUCGCUUCGACGCCUUCCUCGUCGCCUGCUUCAGCAACCACCCACUUAUCACGGCCUUGCGCGAAGAAGUCGAGGCACCUGUCCUCGGCAUCAUGGAAUCAGCUCUAUACGCGGCCCGCAUGUGCGGCAACAAGCUUGGUGUCAUAACCACCAGCGAGCGCUCCGAGAUCUUGCACGCGCAGACCAUCUACGACGCCGGGCUCGCCAACUAUUCUGCUGGCUGCGCUGCGUGCAAGAUCUCGGUGCUCGACCUCGAAAACAAGCCAAAAGAAGAGGUAUUUGCGGGCGUGACGCGCGCGGCGAAGGAGCUUGUAGACGGCAGGAAGGCGGAUUGUCUGCUGCUUGGGUGUGCGGGCAUGACAGGCGCGAAGGAAGCCUGCGAGGAUGCCGUCGGCACUAAGCAGAGGCAGGUCAUGGUUGUAGAUGGCGUGGCUGUUGGCGUGCAAUUUCUAAUUGGCUUGGUGAGGGAGGGGUUGGGGACGGCGAAGAGUGGGGCGUAUCGGCCAGCGGAAGCGGUGCGCAAGGCAAGGGGCCAAGAGUGGUAUUGAGUAAGAAAUGGGGUGGCUCUCGAUGGGUGGGUAGUAUCCACACCGGAUAGCAACAGCAUAUUGGCUCCUGGGCAAAGUCUAGUAGAAGCUCUGUAUCUUUAUUUAUCUUUUUCUU